AUGUCUGUGAGUUCGAAUGGGGUGAAGUAUAUUCUUGUGGUGGUUGACUAUGUAUCUAAAUGGAUGGAAGCAAUUGUGCUUUCAAACAAUGAAGGAAAGAGUGUCACUGCAUUCCUGAAAAAGAAUAUCAUCUUCAGAUUUGGUACACCAAAAGCAAUCAUUAGUGAUGGAGGUUCUCACUUUUGUAAUAAGUUUUUCAAGGCGUUGCUUGAGAAGUAUGGUGUUCGUCACAGUGUAGCAACACCUUAUCCUCCGCAGUCGAGUGGGCAAGUUGAAGUGUCAAAUCAAGAGAUAAAGCAAAUCCAUGUGAAGACUAUAAAUGCCAACAGAACUGAUUGGUCAAGAAGGCUUGACGAUGCUCUAUGGGCUUAUCGCACUACAUUCAAAACUCACAUAGCCAUGUACAAUGAGAAGAUGAAGAACUACCAUGAUCAAAAGAUCAAAAAGCGUGAAUUUGCUCGUGGUGAUCUGGUGCUAUUAUUUAACUUGAGAUGGACAGAGGCGACAAAGAUCGUUGAUGUCGGCCUCAUUAGAGAUGAUGCUAACCCUGCAGCACCGCGGAAGGGACCACAGGUUGACCUACCUCUUUUGGGUGCUGAUCUAGCCAAAGAUGUGGAGCAGAUUGAGGUUGAGCAGAGGUCCGUCGAGGAGUUCGAGGCUCGUAUGGAGAGGAUGAUGGAUGUUAAGAUUCAGGUGGUCCACAAACGUUUAGAUGCAUUUGAGCUUCGUGUAUUGGAGAGGCCUUGCCCCACUAAUGAUGUUACUACUUUCCAGAUGGAGUUGACUAGGCUUCGAUCUGAUGUUGAUGCCCUCCUUUCAUCCGCUGAGACCGUCCCCGAGCCCACACCUGAGGAUGAGGUGGUGAUGACUGCACUUUUUGGUGAUACUAUGCCAUCACCUGACCCUUCCCGUGAACCUGGGAAGGGCACCCGCUCUUCUGAGCAGACUUCAGCUGCUGAGGAGGCCCGACGAGCUAAGAAGAGAAAGAAGCAACAGAUCGAGGCAGCAUAG